UUUUAAAAAUAAAAUAGGAUAGAGGAUCAAAUGUUGCAGUAGCGACAAUUCAUAUGUAUUCCUCAAAUAAAAAAAGGAAACGACGUUAUCAAUCACUCUUCUAUCGAUGCCUAUCACACCUAAUUUAAUCUUGACUGAAAAGAUCUCAGUGUCCAUCGAAUCGGCUAUACUCCGGUUGAUAAGAUGGCUCUUUGAAUUCUUUUCGUGAUAAGCCACCGCGACAUCAGAUGGCCCGAUAAAUGCGAUUUGAUAUGGAGAUGUACACUGGUCAUUCGAAACAGUUGUUCAUUCGAUCUGGAAAAAAGAAUAAUAACUGGCGAGCUUAAAAAAUCGUCACGUGACUCGUGCGUGCUUCAUUUCUCGGUCAAAGACCCGUCGAGUUAUCUAAAUAUCUCGAAACUGCCUCAAUCGCACGUAAAAUCGCGAAAUGAAAUAAAACAAAAAAUCGGCUAAGCAAAAGACGAAGCUAACAAAAUCUUCAUACGGAUUACGUUACAGUGAUCAUCACAAAAUUACUCGGAAAGUGUUACGGUGCACGCACGUCACUGUUUAAUGUGUUCGACGAAAACGAUGAGCGUGUCGUCACCAUUCCAAGUUAGAUUCCAAUGAGAUCGUGAGAACAAAGAAAUUUCGACUAUUCGUGAUGCUAAAAUAGAUAAUGCGCGAUCGAGAGCGUUUAACACGUCGAAAGAUUUAUCGCGCGGAAACAAAUGAACGCGAGAUGAGAGUUCGAGUUCGAGGAAAGUGCAUCGUCGAGGGAUGAUAUUUAUCACGUGUCCGACUUGUGAUUAAUUUGUCCGUAAUAAUAGCGGCGUUCCAAAGCCGCGAGUUUAAUUCCCGCCGCCUCGCGUCACGGGACGUCGAUCGCUGUUGAACUUCGAGCGAUUUUUGGAUGGACUCAAAUCUCGAUGAAUUUCUUGAUCACAGUAUUUUUUUAAUAUCGCGAUAUGAAACAACCGGGAGUGUUCAGCCUCCUGCUCGCGCUGUGUUGCGUCUCGAUCGCGGCGGACGAGCGGUUUUGUGCGUGGUACGGUGAGUGCGGAAGAACGAUUUUUUAUCCGCGGACUUGCGUGGCAAAAAAUAUCACCGCCCAGCCAGUCAAUGACGAGAAGGCCGAAGCUCUUCUGAAGAAAAGAUGUCCGCACUUCUUUGAAAAUAAUAAAUUGCCGAAAACAUGCUGCAACGCCGAUCAGAUUAUCACGAUGGACGACAGUAUGAACAAGGCUGAAAGUAUAUUUGGCAGGUGUCCGACCUGCGUAAGAAAUAUGUUUCGAGUAAUCUGCGAAUUUACUUGCAGUCCCGAGCAGAGUCGUUUCGUGAGAGUGACCAAUUCUUCCAUAGAGAACGGCCUUGAGUACGUCGUUGAAUCCGAGGUACACUUGACGGAGGAAUACAUAAAUGCGACGUACAAUUCCUGUAAGAAUGUUGUUAAUCCUACCAGUGGAAAUUUGGGCAUGGACCUGGCUUGCGGUCCGCACGGGGCUAGCCGAUGCUCACCGAAAUUAUGGUACGAAUUCAUGGGCGAUCCGGAAUCAAACCCCUUCACACCCUUCCAGAUGACAUAUGUUUACGACAUGACUAAUGAAUGGGGCGAAGAGCCUUGGAAUGCGACAGCUAAAAAUUGUAGUGAGCCUUACGACGACUUGUCCAAAGCCUGCAGCUGCGUCGACUGUCCUACCGCUUGCCCCUUCACGAAAUUAAAAAUUAAUUCACAGAAGAUGUUCACGAUCGGCAAACUUAAUGGUUACGGUGUUAUCGCGGCUAUACUUGUCGUUGUAAUCACGAUCAUUAUAACCGCGAUCAUAACCGCUUCAUACACCUUGUACAAGAACAAAAAAAGUGCAUUUCUUUCUAAACAUUUCUGGAUUUCUUUUAAAAUGUUAUUGAAAAAAAUAGACGGUUACAGGCAAAGCUACCAAAAAAUCUUCGAAAUAGCCUUCGCUGUAUGGGGAAAAGCGUUCGCCAAAUAUCCCAUUAUUACUUUGUUCACAAUCUCGUAUGUCGUUCUUGGUCUGAGUUACGGGAUUAUGUUCCUUUCGGUGACCGUAAACCCCAUAGAAAUAUGGGCAGCGCCAAAUAGUAGAUCAAGGAUAGAAAAAGAUUUUUAUGAUAAUCGAUUCCAGCCAUUUUAUCGGACUGAACAGAUCUAUAUAAAAUCUGUUGGACUUAGCAAGAUAAGUCACAAUACUUCAAACGGAGUUUUAGAGUUUGGGCCAGUGUUUGACAAUGAUUUCUUGCUAGCCGUAUAUGACCUGCAACAGCAGAUUCUUCAAAUAGGUCAAGAAACUGGCGAAGGAUUGGAAAAGAUUUGCUAUGCUCCAGUACAAAGCGAAUUCACUGGGCCAGUUACUCUCAAUUUGUGUACUGUGCAAAGUGUAUGGGGAUAUUUUCAAAAUGACAUUAAAAAGUUUAACGAAACAGAGAUUAUAAAGGGAUAUAAAACUAAUUAUCUGGAUCGUCUGUACAAAUGUAUGCAAAAUGCUUUUCAUCCAGAUUGUCUUGCACCAUAUAAAGGACCCAUAAUACCUGCCAUAGCAAUUGGAGGUUUUCUGAGGGAAAAUGAGUUUCAAUAUGAUUCCUCAGAUUACAUUAAAGCGACAGGAUUAAUUUUAACAUUUCUGGUGAGAAAUUCGCUCAAUGAGACGGAACUUGUGCCAAUCUACAAGUGGGAACAACGUUUCCUCGACUUUAUGGAAAAGUGGAAUCAAAAUGAUCGACCGGUCUUCAUGGAUGUCGCGUGGAGUACAGAAAAAUCAAUACAAGAUGAGCUAGAUAGAACCUCGAAAGCGGAAAUGAUAACGGUGGUUAUCAGUUAUCUUCUCAUGUUUGUUUACGUCGCUUUUGCUCUCGGAAAAAUUAAGGCUUCUAUUGUUGGCUGCUUUAGAGAAAGCAGAAUCGUAUUGAGCAUCGGUGGAAUCAUCAUAGUUAUAGCAUCGGUAGCUUGUUCUCUUGGCAUUUUCGGUUAUAUUGGCGUGCCAACUACUCUACUCACGAUCGAGGUAAUUCCUUUCUUAGUGUUGGCUGUCGGAGUUGACAAUAUUUUCAUCUUGGUGCAAAAUCAUCAGAGAAAUCCUCGGAAUAAUGAUGAAACGAUUCCGGAGCACAUUGGUCGAGUUCUAGCUGCAGUUGGACCCUCGAUGUUGCUUACUAGCACAUCCGAAUGUUUUUGCUUUCUUAUUGGAGCAUUUUCUGCAAUGCCAGCGGUGAACACCUUCGCAAUGUACGCUUCAGUGUCAAUCUUAAUUAAUUUUCUCCUUCAAAUAACGGCUUUCGUUGCUUUAUUGACCCUGGAUUCUCGGAGAGCUGAGAGCGAUCGUCUUGACUUCUUCUGCUGCAUUUCAUCCAAAGAUAAUUCGAUCAACGAGCGCAAUGGUAUCGUUCAUACAAUUUUUGAACGUACCUACACACCGUUUCUAAUGAAAACGCCAGUUAGAAUUGUCGUGAUAACGAUUUUCGUCGCCGCUCUCGCUACUCAUAUCAUCGUCUUGCCGCAAAUCGAAGUUGGAUUGGAUCAGAAGCUCUCGAUGCCCGAAGAUUCUUACGUUCUCAAAUACUUCAAGUAUAUGGAAGAUCUCUUAUCGAUGGGUCCACCUGUAUACUUUGUGCUGACCGAAGGCCUGGAUUAUAGCAAGAAGGAAGUACAGAAUAUUAUAUGCGGCGGCCAAGGAUGCAAUACGGAUUCUUUGUACACGCAGAUAUAUUCGGCUGCGAAACAAUCCAAUAUAUCCUAUUUGUCUAAAGCAGCUUCCUCUUGGAUAGAUGAUUAUCUCGAUUGGUCGAUGAUUAGUGGCUGUUGUAGAUAUUUCGAAAACAAUCAAUCGUUUUGUCCGCAUAAUAAUGGAUGGUGUAGUAAAUGUGAGAUUACUAUAGACCAGGAUAUUUCUCGUCCGGAUGCAAAAAGUUUUAGGAAAUAUAUUCCUUAUUUCGUAAAGGAUGUUCCGGAUGACAAAUGUGCCAAAGCUGGUAGAGCCUCUUAUUAUGAUGCAAUAAACUAUUACUACGACGAGUUUGGAUUGAGCAAUGUGAGCGAUUCAUAUUUCAUGGGUUAUCAUACGCCCUUAAAAAAAUCAUCUGAUUGGUAUGAAGCAUUGCAAGCUGCCAGGAUAAUAUCAGAAAAAAUUACGAAUAUGAUUAACAAUGCCAAAGUGUCUAAUAAAGAAGUUUACGUAUUUCCAUACAGUGUCUUUUAUGUGUUCUACGAGCAAUAUUUAACCAUCUGGCAGGAAACCUUGUCAUCGAUAAGUUUAUCCCUUGCUGUGAUCUUCGUAGUAACGCUAUUUCUGACAGGAUUGUCAUUAUUCUCUGCAGUGAUAGUCGUUCUUACUGUUUUGAUGAUAAUAAUCAAUCUGGCCGGCCUAAUGUAUUGGUGGAACAUAAGCUUGAACGCAGUUUCUCUCGUAAAUUUAGUCAUGGCAGCUGGUAUCUCCGUAGAAUUUUGCAGCCAUAUAGUGCAUUCAUAUAUCACAUCUGCAGCAGUGACAAGGAUCAAAAAAGCAUCGGAAGCUCUUUCUCUAAUGGGAAGUUCUGUAUUCUCUGGGAUUACUCUGACUAAAUUUGUGGGAAUCGUGGUGUUGGCGUUUGCGAAGUCGCAGAUCUUUCGAGUCUUUUAUUUCAGAAUGUAUUUAGGAAUUGUUCUGUUUGGCGCAGUGCACGGUCUAAUAUUUCUACCAGUAUUAUUAAGCUUUAUAGGACCUGUAUAAAAAUAUUUGUUAUUAUAUAGAACUGAAAAAACAACACAAAUGAACAGCACAAAUGAAACAUAGUUAACUGCCACUCCAUGUGACUUGUAAUAUAUGUUUGUUUAGAAAAAUUAGCAGUUUGAUUAAAUUAUUUCAUUAGGAUAAUGUAACUCUAAGAAAUGUUAACUUCCAAAUUGCAUUGUAUACUUUUUAAUAUGUAUGAUAAUGUUUGACUGAAUAUAUAAUUGAAUAUA